ACUAUGUGGCAUUUAGCUAAUUGUGUUUCGUUGACAGUAUUGUUGGAAGCCUUGCUGAGGAAUGGUACUUCGACAGGGAACAGCACUACAUUUUGUAGGAAUGCAUCAAAUGGAACUGACCCCGGAUCCCAAACCCGGCAUGAGACACAGAAACAGGACUCAGCAGCUGCAGACUUAACAAAAGGAUUUACCAAGGAGCAAGCUGAAGGGGUACAGAGGAUAAAGAAGUGUAAGAAUUACUAUGAGGUACUGGGUAUCAGAAAAGAUGCCAACGAUGAGGAACUGAAAAAGGCCUACAGAAAACUCGCUUUGAAAUUCCACCCUGACAAAAACCAUGCGCCAGGAGCAACUGAGGCUUUUAAAAAGAUUGGAAAUGCUUAUGCAGUGCUCAGUAACCCAGACAAGAAGAGGCAGUAUGAUGUCAGUGGAGCAGAGGAUCACAGCAGCCCAAGUUACAACGCUCAUGGAGGAUUUGAUUUCCACAGAGGUUUUGAGUCUGAUAUUACACCUGAAGAACUCUUUAACAUGUUCUUUGGAGGAGGCUUCCCCUCAUCGAACACACAUGAAUUCACUAAUGGCCGAACAUACAGUCACCAUACGGAUGAAACCAGAAGAGCGAGAGCAGAGGAGAGGGGAGAUGGUGGGUUCUCCAUGUUUAUUCAGCUGAUGCCAAUCGUUGUGCUGGUCUUGGUCUCAAUCUUCAGCCAGCUUCUGGUGUCCACACCACCUUAUAGCCUGUACUCCAGACCGUCCACAGGACAGACUGUUAAAAGACAAACCGAGAACCUGCAUGUGGACUAUUUUGUCACCAGAGAUUUCAAAUCAGAAUAUAAGGGCUCAGCUUUGCUAAAGAUUGAGAAGAGUGUAGAAGAGGAUUAUGUUUCUAAUGUGCGAAACAACUGCUGGAGGGAAAGACAGACAAAAACAGACCUACUGUAUGCUGCUAAGGUCUACAGAGACGAAAGACUACAGCGGAAGGCUGAACUCAUGACCAUGGAGAACUGCAAAGAGCUGGAUAGAUUAAAUGAUCUGUUCCGUGGAGGAUAAACCUGAAACUGAAACUGAAACUAAUGGACAUUUAUGAAAAUAAGAUACCAUAGGUAUAAAUGUAAAUAUUUAUUUUUUGGUGUUGUUUUUUUUUUUUUUUUACAUUCUUAUAGAAAGAAAACAUAUUUAACUAAUGAAAGAGUUCAAAAGUCCCUCAUCUUCCACUGCAAUAUACUUUGCUUCAAGGUUUUUCAAAUCAACUGAGAAAAAGAUUUUUACCUAGCAAUCCAUUUUUAAUCUGUUUCUCUUUUAUGCCUGACUUGACUAAAUCGUGAGAAAUUAUCUUAGAUUUCAUUGUUGCUCUCCAUGUUGUUUUUAAGUGCUACUAACUUGAAGAGACCACUAUUUUGAAUCUUAAUGAAACUUAAAUUGUACAAAUAAAAUAAAAACAUUUAAACA